CAGCUGAUGUGCGCUGUGAACGGAAGUAGAAAGUGACAGGCUGACUGGGCUUUAGGUUUGGUAAGCCUAGCUGCUCGUCCGUGUCUCCAAAGCAGAAACACAGAACUCAGCUUGCAAUGAUGCUUUGGUUUCAGGGCUCAAUUCCUGAUGCCAUUAAAUCGGCUAAACAACGGAGUUUGGUCUUUGUCGUUGUCAUCACAGGAGAAGAUGAACAGUCAGCACAGCUGAUGUCCAGCUGGGAGGAUGACAGGGUCUCAGAGGCAGCCCAGAAAUGUUGCGUGGCCAUCAAAGUGGAGGCCAAGAGUGACACGUGUGCACAGUUCUCCCAGAUUUAUCCAGUGGUGUGCGUACCAUCGAGCUUCUUCAUUGGAGAGAACGGGAUUCCUUUGGAGGUCAUCGCUGGAAGUGUGUCUGCUGAAGAACUGAUAAAGAGAAUCAACAGAGUUGAUCAGAUGCACACUCAGGAGAGUGGAAGUGGGACAGUGUCAUCAGAGGCAGAUGAUCCUGUAGCGACCAGCUCAGCCACAGAACCUGCCUCAGCUUCAGCAGUGCCUCUAUCAUCUACAGAAACCACAGAGCCUGUAGCAGAAGCAGCAGGAGUGUCUCUCUCAAGUCCAGAGAAUGCAUCUUUAGAUCAUCCGACUCAAGGUGAAGAAAACUUGGAUGCUAAGGUGGAACGAUUGACCAAGAAGCUGGAGGAGAGACGAGAGCAAAGAAAGAAAGGAGAAGAAGAGAAUGAAAUCAGAAAGGAAAUGGAGAGACGGAAAGUGGGGAAAGACAUGCAGGACUUCAAGAGGAAACAAGAAGAGGAGAAAACCAAGCGACUCUUAGAGGAAAGGAACAGAGAGAAGGCAGAGGAGAAGGCUGCCAGGGAACGGGUCAAACAGCAAAUUGCUAUGGACCGAGCUGACAGAGCAGCGCGCUACACCAAAACACGAGAGGAUGAAAAGGCUGCUAAGCUGGCGCUGCUGCAAGCCAGGCAGGCAGAAGAGGAGGCCAGGAAGGAGGCAUUAGUUAGGGAGAGGAGCACUGCUUCCUCAUUCCAGUUCUUAAUGCCUUCUGGUGAAUCCUUUACUGUAAAAUGUUUGUCCUGGUGUCCUCAGGAAGUUGGCAACCGCUAUGGAAACUUUUCCCUUGCAACCAUGUUCCCUCGGCGCGAGUUCACCAGUGAAGACCUAAACAAGACUCUGCUAGAACUGGACCUGGCUCCAAGUGCUUCUGUUGUUCUUUUGCCAGUGUCAGGCAGGCCUGCAAACACAGUGGUCCAGUCCUCUGGUGGUGGCAUUUGGGCAGUUCUGGGUACACUCCUCUACCCUCUGCUGGCUGUAUGGAGAUUUCUCAGUUCCUUUGUGUUUGCAACACCACCCCCCUCUGCAGCAUCUGUCCAGCCCAGGGGUCCCGCUCAACAGUCCAGCUCUUACAACAGCUCAUCAGCCUCAAACAAGGCAAAGAGGGGAAAUCUCUCCAAACACACGUUGGAGAACCGUCCCAAGGAAUUCAAGAAAGAUGGUAAAGUCUGUAGGCUCAGGACUCAGGAGGACAGUGAGGAUGACAACAACACUUGGAAUGGAAACUCCACCCAGCAGAUGUAGUGCAUUCAGUAACAGCAGCUUCUUCUUCCUCUCACUCUGUUGCUGUGAAUUAGUUCAGUCUGACCAGUUCCAGAUUUCUGCUGCACGUAGAGCUGAUCUAUUUUUCGUUUUCUCUUACUGUGUUCCAGCCCUAUGCUCUGCACCAUGAGUAGCUCGGUUAUAAUAAUCCACAGAGCCUCCUUUGGGCUUAAUCUCAGUGCUUUGUGUUAACUUUGACAUGAUUCUGACACUUAAUUAGGCUCCGAUUUUAGCAGGUUGAAACCCCUGCGACCAUAAAAGACUACACCAGCACCACCUCUUUCGGUUACAGCUCCUAUGUGAUUACUGUUAAGUAAAUGAGGCGGUUAAACCAAACUGACUUUGUGGAGAAAAUGACAGGAAAGAGCUGACCUACAGGUCUUGUAAUCAGAGUCCAGCUUUAUGUUUUGGAGUCACUGCAUUUUGAAAAGCGCGCACUGGUAUGUCUGCUGCUGCAGUCAGAGUUCUACCAAGUGAGACGCAGCACACCUUCACAGGACUGUUGGGAUCAGUUGGCAGUGGGUGACUGUUGUAGUUCUUCUAAUUCAACAUUAAAAAUCAAAGCAGCUUGUUUUUGUUUUGUUUUGGGGUUUGUUUUUUUAAUAAAAUCACUUAA